AUGGGCUCCUCCGACCCCCCCAACGCAGACGAGACCUCCUACGUCAAAAUGUCCUCCGCCGCCGUCGACAGCCGCGGGACCGACGCGGCCCUGAUCGGCUCACACUGCCAAUACAGCUACUGCAACCAACUCGAUUUCCUCCCGUUCCAAUGCCAGUCCUGCAACAAGACCUUUUGCCUCGACCACCGCACCGAAGACGGCCACGCAUGCACCAACCCAGGCGCAUGGGCAGCACGCAAGCGCGAGGCUGAGCUCGCCAAACACUCAGCAGGCGAAGGCCGACGCAUGCGCGACCUCGUCUCCCAAAAACCUUGCGCCGACGACGGCUGCAAGACGACGAUCGGAACGGCGCUGGUGCCGGGAGUGCACUGCGGCAACUGCAACCGCGACUACUGCCUCAAGCACCGGCUACGCGAAGACCACGCAUGCAGCAGCAAGACACCGAUCGGGGCACGGGCGGCGAGCGCAGCGCAGGCGGCCGCCGUCGCGGACGGGGCUAAGAGCGCCCUCGAGCGGUUCCGCCUCUGGGGCCAGGCCAAGAAGGAGCAGGCCAAGGUCACGUUCUCGUCACCGAGCGCGAAACCCAAGGUCGCGCAGAUGAUUGCGGUCAAUAACCUGAAGAAAACAGCCAAGGGCGACGCGAAGAUUGCGCCCGAGAAGCGCGUGUAUCUGUAUGUGGAGGCCGAGGCGGCUACGGCCAAGGCGAAGCUCCCCAAGGGCGAGUUCUUUUACUCGCAGGACUGGGUUGUGGGCAAGAUGCUGGAUGCUGCGGCGCGGAGCUUGCAGGUUCAGAAUAUCAACAACCAAUCUAAUUCGGAGGAAGACAAGUUGCGGGUGUUCCACGUCGAAGGGGGGCGGAUGUUGGAUUUUAGCGAGAAGCUUGGGAAGGUGUUACAAAGUGGCAACACGGUUGUCUUGCUAAGGGGCGUUGGGCCACCACCGGAUUUGAUUGAAACCUGA